GGCCCAGGUGCGAGUCCUGACCGGCCGUUUCAAACUUUUUUUGUGACUUUGUGCGAAUUGCUAAAUGUCAGUUCUUCGUCUGUAAAAUGGGCUUCAGAAUAUCCAUCUCAUGGUCAAAUCAGUCUAUGCACCGAGCACCGCAGCUGGGCUUGUGCGGGGCGGUUAGCGGUGCUCGUUAGAUGUGGCGAAGAUUGAGGGCGGGAGAAGGGGCCACAGAGGAUGAGAUGGUUGGAUGGCAUCAGUAACUCAAUGGCAUGAGUUUGAGCAAACUCCGAGAGUUGGAAUUAAAGCUGGACUCCUGUUGACGACAAACGGACCUACAGUUCCUGGUGUGUGAUGAGAGAGUGGGAUUUGCUGUCCUGAAGUCACUAAGCUUGGACCCUGGUUCUUCUUCAUGAGAGACUAAAGAGAUGGAAGCCUUAAAGUCUGAGAAUAAAAAGAGGGUGCUGCCCACAUGGAUGACAGCCCAGGUGUCUGAAAAGAGGGCGGCGCAGGUGAAGACCCCCAAGAGACCAGCCACGGUGCCAGUGGCUGCAGCCAGAUUUCCUGCGGCGAGGACCGUGUACUGCAUGAAUGAGGCCGAAAUCGUCGACGUUGCCCUGGGGAUCCUCAUUGAGGAGGACAGAAAACAGGAAAAGCCAUUGGAGCCGCCACCUCUGGCAGGCGCUGAUAAGCCAGAGCGCUCCCCGGCCAGCCCAGCGCCACCAUCCCCAAGUCCCUCCUGGAGCCGAAGCGAGGACCGUGAGGAAGAGGACUGUGGGGCUGACGGGCCUGCCCCAGGGCCCGCGGGCUCUGACGCGGCCUGCAGCAGAAGCCUUGAGGAAGACCAGGACGAGCUAAAAUACGUCAGGGAGAUCUUUUUCAGCUAAGGGACAAAAUUCCAGGACUUUCUGCUCAGAGUGGCUGAAGGAAGCUGGGUUUCCCCUCUUGGCCUGGGCGCCGCCUGUCAGACUGUGACAGCUUCUGCCCCCAGCGUCGAGCCUCCCUGGGCUGGGUGGGUUCACUGCGGGAGGUGAGCAAUCAAAAUGAGCUCCUCCCAGAAUUCCUGCUCUCUGCUCUCCUGCUCAGGGGCCUGGGAGCUCAACAUUGUCUUACUCAGGUACGUGGUUCCAGGGAAAUGAGAUCAUGGGGGUCAAACUUACUGGAACUGGAGAGUCAACUUAAUAAUUUUCAAGGAAAAACAAGUUUGGCUACUAAGUACACUGAAAUUCCUACGGUUUGGCCACCCAAGGAAGAAGCCUAUUUUUAAAAUCUCUUCCGUCACAUGUCAGUCAGUCACUGAGCCCUUGUGGGUCCAACCCUGAACUAGACACCUUCCCCCAGGGCUGGGCUGCCCGCUGAGAGCCUGCCUGUGGUCCCAUGUACAG